CGGGAUUUACGAAACUAGUCGGGCAAUGCGCGGAGUUACAGCGAGAAGCUGAGGCCUGAGAGAAGCUGAGGCGUCCCCCGAGGCGCUUAGUUGGGAGCUGAAAGUCGGUUGGGUUGUGUGCAGAAGGUGGGAGUAAGGGAGUAGAGAAGUGGGGCGCAAGGUAGGGCGUCUGGAGUCCGUCCAGGGUCGGGCGCGUGCCGGGCCAGCGGACGGAGGUCGGAGCGCGCAGCUCACCGGAUCCAGUAGCGCUGCAAGCCCAGUAUUGAACACCAAGUGAUGGCAAUGCAGAUGCAGCUUGAAGCAAAUGCAGAUACUUCAGUGGAAGAAGAGAGCUUUGGCCCACAACCUAUAUCACGGUUAGAGCAAUGUGGCAUAAAUGCCAAUGAUGUAAAGAAAUUGGAAGAAGCCGGAUUCCAUACUGUGGAGGCUGUUGCCUAUGCACCAAAGAAAGAGCUAAUAAAUAUUAAGGGGAUUAGUGAAGCCAAAGCUGAUAAAAUUCUGACUGAGGCAGCUAAAUUAGUUCCAAUGGGUUUCACCACUGCAACUGAGUUCCACCAAAGGCGGUCAGAGAUCAUACAGAUUACAACUGGUUCCAAGGAGCUUGACAAACUACUUCAAGGAGGAAUUGAGACUGGAUCCAUCACAGAGAUGUUUGGAGAAUUCCGAACUGGGAAGACACAGAUCUGUCACACAUUGGCUGUAACGUGCCAGCUUCCCAUUGACCGGGGUGGAGGUGAAGGAAAGGCCAUGUACAUUGACACCGAGGGUACCUUUAGGCCAGAACGACUGCUAGCAGUGGCUGAGAGAUAUGGCCUGUCUGGCAGUGAUGUCCUAGAUAAUGUAGCAUAUGCUCGUGGGUUCAACACAGACCACCAGACCCAGCUGCUUUAUCAGGCAUCAGCUAUGAUGGUAGAGUCCAGGUACGCACUGCUCAUUGUAGACAGUGCCACUGCCCUCUACAGGACAGACUAUUCCGGUCGAGGUGAGCUUUCAGCCAGGCAGAUGCACUUGGCCAGGUUUCUGCGGAUGCUUCUGCGACUUGCUGAUGAGUUUGGUGUAGCAGUGGUAAUCACCAACCAGGUGGUAGCCCAAGUGGAUGGAGCAGCCAUGUUUGCUGCAGAUCCUAAAAAACCUAUUGGAGGAAAUAUCAUUGCCCACGCCUCAACAACCAGACUUUACCUGAGAAAAGGAAGAGGAGAAACCAGAAUCUGCAAAAUCUACGACUCUCCCUGUCUUCCUGAGGCCGAGGCUAUGUUUGCCAUCAAUGCGGAUGGAGUGGGAGAUGCCAAAGACUGAAUCAUUGGGCCGUUUCCUGUGAUGAACCUAAGUGCUGCAGCCUGGUGGAGAAGACUGCUCCCUGGGGUUUCUCGUGGGCCUCUUCCUGUUGUGACUGCCAGAAAAAGGCUUCCGGGGAAAUAUCUAUUGUAUCAGCUUUUCUGGUGGUGUAAACAGGAGACAGGUCAGUGGUCACAAAUGGAUCUGUUUAUUCCUUCUCUAGAGAGUGUGUUAAUCUCUAUGUGAAUUCUUUGGUUUGGGGGGGUUGAUGUAUGGCAUACCUUUGACACAGUGCCUUGUGGUUGACUCGUGACUAACAGCUGUGCCUCCAAAAGAACUAGAGCUGGGGAGACCUGGCUCUUUCCUCACUGUCUGAAUAAUGUCGAAAACAAAUGUCUCAGCUUUGUGGCAAAGGGAAUGGGUCUCCUCAGAGGUUUUUUUUCUCUGUCAGUAAAUCUGUCAAUCAGACAGAGGUUUUUAAGUUUGUAUGCUUGAAUUAUCUCAUGUAAGAAUUUGUUUUUAGUUAAGGAAUACUGAGCAGACCUGCUGUGCCACUGGCCCAUUAACCACCUACUUGCUUAGUUUUGUUUUGUUUUUACUGCUAAGAGCAUCUCAAGAUAAUUCUGGAAUCAUAAGCAUUUCAGAGGCUUAAGUAGAUUCAGGGUGAGGCUGCUAUAAAGUAGUUAUUUGUAGUGACUGCUGUUUAUAAGAGUUACUCUAGAACAAACUAAGUAUUUCAAGAUAGGGCCUUUAUAUCUUUUUGGCACUGGGUAGGGAUGGUCAGUAUCUAUUGCUUUAAAAUUGAAAUUUAAAAGGGAAGUCCUACAUUCAGAUGAUUGAGCUUAUUGUCCUUCAACCUAGUGUACUAUUACAAGAUGGAUGUACCAUGGCUUCCUGUGGCCUUUGUUUUUAUUCCGAAAGUCUCAUGUUGUAGAACUCUGAUGCUUCCCUGGGUUAUUCUACUUCAGGGGGGUUGAUAUACUCUUCUUCCCCUUUAAACUUCUACUUAGGAUGGGUUUUAACAAGCUCUUCUAAUUUCAGAAGGCCUCUCUGCUAGUACUGGGAGGAAAGGCAGUGAAAUCUCUACUGGUGCUGUGUUGACCCCAGUGCACAUAGGGGGAUACAAUUUGAUGCAGCUUUGUUUUAAAAGCAAUUCUGUUUCCUGGCUUUUAAAAAUGGAGUAUCUCGCAGGUCUUCUCUUACCGAAAAACAUACCUAGGGUGGUAGAAUAAAGCCACAGUGACAGAUUCUGGAAUGAAAGUUUGGUUCUUGUAUAAAAGCAUCUCAGUAUUUUAGGACCUAUAAAGUGUAAAUGUCUUUGACUUAGAAAUUUGUCUUAAUUUUCCUCAUAGUUGGGAUUAGGCUUUGUGCUGCUGCCUCAAAGUGGGUCAGGGAACACCUGCUUACGUGGAAUAGGCCUUAUUGGGCUAAAAAUCAGCUCUCUGCCUCUAUUUUACAUAUAAAUAAAAUUUUCACUGAAAUAGCAUUAACCAGAGAGCCUAUUCUAAACUCUUUGGUGCUUUCUACUAG